AUGGAAAGCAUGGACACAUGGUUGGUAGUGUUUAUAUUGACAUAACCUAAAUGUUUGUAGAGAGCGAAAAAGUUUUAUAAUGGGUAAGAAAGAUAAAGGCAAAAAGAAAGGCAAAGGAGCUGAAAAGACUACCGCAAAAACAGAAAAGAAGCUUUGUGUUAAAUUCAAGAAAGAAUUAGCUGCAAAAGGAGAAGAUGACAUUGAAAAAAUUGUGGCAGAAAUUGAGAGAGAGGAGCAGAGAAGAAACCAGGUGGUCGAACACAUAGUCCCACCCCCAUCUCGACGAGUUAACUUUACAUUUGUCGCAAAUAAAGAUAAAGAAGAAAUAAUCAUGUUUGGAGGAGAAUAUUUUAAUGGUCAGAAGAUGUCUGUGUACAACGACCUGCUGCUGUACAACGUCCCGCGCAACGAGUGGCAGCUGGUGAAGGCGCCCGGGGCCCCCCCGCCGAGGUGUGGCCACCAGGCGUGCCUCGUGCCGGCGAACAAGGGCCAGCUCUGGGUGUUCGGGGGCGAGUACGCCAGCCCGACGCAAGCGCAGUUCUACCACUACCGCGACCUCUGGGUCUACCACCUGGCCGACAAGAAGUGGGAGAAAAUAUUGGCUGCGGGUGGCCCAUCAGCGAGGAGCGGUCAUCGAAUGGUGCACACUAAGAAACACCUGAUUGUGUUUGGCGGCUUCCACGACAAUCUGCGGGAUUACAAAUACUUCAACGACGUCUACGCGUUUGAUUUGACUAGCUACACUUGGAAGCUCCUGGAACCAAAAGGAACACCCCCAUCACCAAGAUCGGGAUGUAUAAUGAUUGCACGCAAUGAUGGAAGUGUUCUUGUUUAUGGAGGGUACAGCAAAGAGCGGAUAAAAAAAGAUGUCGACAAAGGAUCAGUGCAUUCUGACAUGUUUAUUCUUCAACCAGAUAAGAACGAUGCGACCUGCACGAAGUGGAAGUGGGUGUCUGUGAAGCACAGUGGUGUCCGAAUGUCGCCGCGCUGCGGCAUGUCUGCGGCCGUGGCAGCGGGCAACAAGGCCUUCACCUUCGGCGGAGUGUGGGACGUGGAGGAGAGCGAGGAGGACCUUUCCGGGACGUUCUUCAACGACCUCCACGUUCUCGACCUCGAGAGCGCCACGUGGAGGAGUGUUCGCCUGAGCGGGAAGAAGGAUCCUGGCAACCUGAAGAAGCGGCGUCGGAAAGAGAGGGCCGGCGAGGCGGAUGGGGACGAGGGUGCCGACGCUGACACAGACACUGACGAGGGGGGAGAGGGGGAAGAGUCGGAAAAGAUGGUCACGGAAGUGAGCGAGCUCGACGAAUGUGAUUCCAAAGAAAAGAUGGCGGCGGAUACUGCGUCCGGCACGGUGCUGGCGGACGACGGCGUGUUCAAAGUGACUGUCGGGCCUGCGACUGCUUCGUGUUCGUCCCAGCAAGCACCGACAACCGGCUCCCCCGGCGGCCAGUCGGUCUUCGUGCCGUCGCCGCGGAUGAACUGUGGUCUCGCCGUCAAGGACGGUCACCUGUACUUGUACGGCGGACUCGUUGAAGACGGGGACAAGCAGCUCACUCUCUCGGACCUGUACUCGCUGAAUGUUCACAGGUUAGAUGAAUGGAAUGUGAUAAUACCCAACGAUCAAGCGAAUCAAGAAUGGUUAGAGUCCGGCAGUGAUUCUGACGACAGCUGUGACUCAGAAUCCGAACAUUCGAGUGAUGAAGAUAGUGAUGAAAUGGAUGUCUCUUGAAUGUGUGUGUAAAAAUGUUAAAAUAAAAAAAAAUGUUUUUA